AUGGUGGUACAACCACAACCCCAGCUACUGGUGAAGAAACGUGUGCUGUAUAUAGGUAGUUCCGUUCCCCUAGAGACCCAGGAUGGGAUCGAAGCAAUUCAACAGCCCCUGAGGGAUCGGUACCCAAGUGGGGACGAGACACAGGUACAAGGUAUAGACGCUUACGUGAGUAUUCUGUCAACAGGUAUACAGUUACAAUACAUUGAUGAUGGUAACCUCGUAAUAUUCUUCCCUAUCUCAUCAUUGACACUGUGCGCUGCAGUGAGACACGUUAAAAACAUCAACGCUGGAACUGGCGAUAUACAGUCCCAAUUCCUUUCCCUCUCCAACCCUUUGACCAAGACCGGCAAUAAUUCUAAAAGCCCAGCCAUAUUUUCCACGAUCACACGUCGUACCAAAGGUAGGAAGAUCCUGGAGUGCCAUGGCUUUCUGUGUGCUUCCGACCAGGAUGCCAUGGACCUGGUUCGAGCCACGUCAGUGGUAGACCGGAAGUCCAGAGGACUACCGCCAAUGCCGCCUCAGCCAGCCCAGUCAGAGCCCCCACCGACAUUUAGGGGCGGAGCUUCUUUCAGGAGUGCCGCUGGACCCCCACCUUCGUUUAGAAACUCGAACGGUACUAUGGAAGGACGAGGUACUGCUAGGACCACUAACGGGACGACUAACGGUCAUGCCACCACAAAUGGAAUCCGACUGACACCAGGUGUCGUAAACAAACCACGCGACGCACCUCCGGAGUUUUACGAACCUCCACCUACACAGGGCUACUUUUACAGCAGUGAAAAGGCAGAGGCUAAGACAUUUAACAUUGAGAAAACAGAUAAUAAAGAGCCGAACCCGUCCCCUCCAAUGUCUGAGCGUGCCCACGCUCCCCAAUUUGUGCCACCAACACAACCCCCGGCGCCCGGACCCGCACCAAAACCGAUGUACAUGCCGGCGGGACAACCCCCGCAGACACCAACGGCUACUGUGCCCCCACCCCCGACACAGCCGGCACCUGUCCCCCCACAAGCCAGACAGCAGAUCCCACAACCUGCCCGACAACAUAUACCGACCAUGAGGAGACCUGUUUAUAUGCAUCCCGGUGUUCACCAGCCAAUGCCACAUCCCUAUUUGAGGCAUCGGUUCUUCUCUCCACCGCCACGGAUGAGACCGCCCCCAGCUCCCUACAUGAUGCCGCCACCCCCACCUGGGAUGGCACCAUUUCCUCCCCACAUGAUGCCACCUGUGUUUGUCCGACGCUCGCGCAAACCAAGGUCACUUUCGUCGAGUUCAAGGUCAAAUUCGCGUUCUCCAAGUCCCCAAAAAGAGGACACUCGCUUAAAAAAUGGCAACGAUUUCGGAAGUGAAAGCUCGAUUUCUAACUACCGGCCACGUACCCCUCCACGGGAUUACGACGCUCCUCGUCAACGCCUUAGCAGACGGGAGGAGUACGAGAGGAAAAGAGAUAGAAGUCGCUACAAUAGAGUUCCUGUAGACAAUCAAGCAGCGUAUUACGUGUACAACUACCCGGGGUAUCAGCCGUUCCCAUUGCGCUCCUCGUCAGUACCCCCACAUCUCCGAUAUGCCAAUAACACAGAAAAGAAGAACAAAAAAGGAAAAAAGAAUAAGAAAUCGAAGAAAGCAAAGAAUGGGCCAGCUAGCCAGUUCUCUAUGCAUAGUUACGGGUACGCCUCCGAGAUACCCCAGGGGAACACAUACCAAGGAUGGGAAGGCUUCGAUAACCCCGAACCAGUUCGCAAACCUAGGGAUUUUAGACGCGAGGAGAAUCAAUUCAUGAACGAAAAGAAUUUUUCAAAGAGUAUAAAAGCAGAAACGAGACAAUCGGAGGCCAGAGACUAUCCCACAGCUUAUGAUCUGAACGAGCCUGCGCCACGGCCACCCACUGUACAUGAUGACAGUAAGGACGAAGAUAUUGGAGAUUUCACGAUGUACUAA